UACAACAUAAUCAACACACGAGCAGUAGUUACUGAGAAAGUAAGUGACUCGUGAAAAUGAAGAGUUGCAUACUCUCUUCGCUAUGUCUAGCUCUCUUCCUCGCCGCAGUUUCUGGAGGCUCCGAUAGGAAAUGCGUUUAUACCUUAUAUGUGAAGACAGGUUCGAUGAUCAAAGCCGGAACUGAUUCCAAAAUCAGCGUGACGCUCAGCGAUGCCUCAGGCCGAUCAGUGUGGAUCCCAAACCUCUGGUCAUGGGGCCUCAUGGGUCCCACGCACGACUACUUUAAGCGAGGCAACCGCGACAUCUUCAGUGGCCGUGGUCCCUGCAUCGGUUCGCCGAUCUGCCGCCUUAACCUUACCUCCGACGGCGCCGGAGCUCACCACAGCUGGUUCUGUGAAUACAUCGAGGUCACGUCGACCGGGCCCCACAAGAACUGCUCGCAGUCCGUCUUCUGCGUCGAUCAGUGGCUCGCCCACGAAGUUGCGCCGUUUGAUCUGACAGCAUUGAUCGACGGGUGCAAAGGCGCAGCGGCGGACAAGAAUCCGAAGAAAUUUGUUGUGACGAAUCCGAAAAGUUCAUCGGCAUGAUUGUGUGAGGAUGAGAAGAUGGAAAUAAUGUGAUGAGAUUGAGUGCUUGUUAAUUAGUGUUUGGGUUUAUCGUCGAUAUAUAUAUAUAUAUAUAUAUAGUUUCUGCAAGACGAAGUUUCUGCGAGCACUUCGUCUUGCCUCUACUGUGUAUACAUGCCAAUGUUACUACUAAGAUACUCUACGUCCCUGGUGUA